GCUCUUUCCUUUUUCAUGAGAUGCAAAGCCUGGUGCCGAGCAGAGUCAGCAGGAGCAGCAUGGUACAGCCGCUCUUCUAGGGGGCUGUGCUGAGGGGCGCCUCCAACCACCACCCUGUCCCAUGCACUACAAGGUGGCUGGCUCUGUCGCUCGGGGCCUCUCCGAGCCAUGCCCAGCUGGGGUCCACAACAGCCACCUCUUCCCAGCUGUACUGCCCACCACCAGACAGACAGCAUGUAGGUCUCCAGCACUGCCAGAGACAAACAUUCAUGACACAUUCUGAUGCAGCAGACUCAAAACAAGUUGGAGGGAGAUUAGGGUGUACUGGAGGUCACUGAUUUCUAAGCAGCAAGCUGAGGACACAGGAUCUACAGGAUGGCGAGUCCUUGGCAUGUCUAGAUGAUUUGGAAAACUAGGGUGUUCUUGAAGGUUGGAGGAGGUGCUGGAAAGUAGGAGUGAGAGCUCCUUAACCCGCAGCCUCUCUGACCAUCCAGUUGGCGAAGAACUGCAGGCCAUGAGAACUGGUCAGCGACAGAGAAUGAGGCCCCUCUGCUGGAAGAUAUCACACGAGCAAGAGGAAAUAAGACGCUCAUGCCUCCCUGGGGGCGCAUGUCCCAAUUUCUGUUGAUGGCCAGUGGCUGGGGAAGUAGAAACUCCUGACCAACAGUCCGCAGUGCAAAGCCACUUAUUUGAUCUUCUCCAUCCUUGGUGAGAGGAAGUGAAAGGGUAAAUCCCUGAGCCCAGUGGUCUGGGUUCCUGCUCUGACGUCCCUGCAAACCAGCCCAAGGGUUAACGAUAACCGAAUGCCUGUAUGGCUGCCUUACUGAUGCCACGCAGGAACAAAGGGAUGAGGACUCGACUGGGAUGCCUGUCUCACAAGUCAGACUCCUGCAGUGAUUUCACAGCUAUCCUUCCCGACAAACCCAACCGUGCUCUCAAGAGAUUAUCCACUGAGGAGGCUACGAGGUGGGCAGAUUCCUUUGAUGUGCUUCUCUCUCAUAAGUAUGGGGUGGCUGCCUUCCGUGCUUUCCUGAAGACGGAGUUCAGUGAGGAGAACCUGGAGUUCUGGUUGGCCUGUGAAGAGUUCAAAAAGACCAGGUCUACAGCGAAGCUGGUCUCCAAGGCCCAUAGGAUCUUUGAAGAGUUCGUGGAUGUGCAAGCUCCACGAGAGGUAAACAUCGACUUCCAGACCCGAGAAGCUACAAGAAAGAAUAUGCAGGAACCAUCCCUGACUUGCUUUGACCAAGCCCAGGGAAAAGUACACAGCCUCAUGGAGAAAGACUCUUACCCCAGGUUCCUGAGGUCCAAAAUGUACUUAGAUUUGCUGUCCCAAAGCCAGAGGAGGCUCAGUUAAACCUCAGAUGGGGAUCCUUGGAAAUCACUGGCUUUCCCCUCCCCUUGCUGCCAAGACCAUAUUCUAAUGGGAAAUCUCAUAGCUGUUUAAAGGUGGUGGCAUUUGGGGUAGGAGGCAGGGGUCAAGGAGAAAAUGAAGGGCCAUUCCAAAGAGUAACCCAGUUGCCAGAGUUCAGAUGCUCUUCCAUUUUCCCAUAUUUGUGUUUAAGUUAGUGGUAGCACCUUGCUGGUGUCACCCUUCUGUGGAUCAACAACUUGACCUUCAUAAUGUCUCGGGUCAUCCACUGAGAAGGCAGAGUUGCUGUGCUAGGCUAGUCUGUAAAUAAUGCAAAUGCAGUUUCCAGUGUAAAGGCCAGCCCCAGGCACUGAGACUUCACAGUAUAGGAGAGAGGUCUCUGGAAUCCCAGCCUUCUGGCACUGUCAUGUGGAAUCCCAGGUUUCUAGUAUCACUGGCAGAUGUCCUCUGGGACAGGUCAAGUUCUGUAGAGUCACCUGUUUCUUCCAUUUCCACUGACCAGUGUGAGAAUCUGUGACCACUGCCCAUCUUAGCCUAGGAAAUUUAUAGGUGUUCCUUACCUUUGCAUUUCCUGAAAGAGUCUUGUGAGAUUUCUUUCAUGACUUGUGAGAGGAGCUGUCAUUAAGAAAAAUACAGCUUGCAAAUAUUCCUCAAUUCUACCAGGAACUUUUCUAGAUGUUUUCCAAAUGACCAGGGAAUGUAAAACCUGUAGAUGUUUAUAUAAUGGGGCUCCAUAUAACCUGUUUGUUGCUUAAUGUAUUCUUUACCCUCACCUCCCAGUGACAACACAUAUCUCUUAGAAAGACAGCUUGGCAAAGGGAGGUAAAUUCCCACAGCAUGACAGCUCUCCCAGUGCCUAAUACACUUUCCCUGUUUGCCCAUCUCCCCCAUUCCAUGCAGGCCAUGUCAUUAUGAUGGGGGAGAACAGGGAGCCAGGCUGAUGCUUUUUCCAGCUUGCUUCCUGGGAGCUUGCUUUCUUAGAAAGGCCCCUGUUGGCUAUUGAGAGUCAGCGGCCUUCUCAGUUGCUAGCCUUUGGGAUUGAACAUAAAAUAUGCAGGUGUGGAUAAGAAGAUCACUGUGAACAUUUAACUAUGGAUAUCUUCCUAAAAUGCUUUCAUGUUACCCUGCGGCCACUGUUGGAAAUGUUAGGAAAUUUCCUUGGAGGAUGAAUGAUGAAGAGCACAGAACUUCCUCCAGCUGUGCAGGAAACAACUGACUACCACAAGAGCAAUGUGGAGUGGAUGAAUCCUCAGCAGGGAAGCCGGACUGUGGAAGAGGAGCCUGGAGGAUGCUGGUCUCCAGGGGAUGUGGAUAACAAGAAUGUGGUGGAGAUAUUACUGGGAAUUUCUGUCCGAUGCAUUUAGAUUCCUUGCAAAUCUUCAGAAUUGCGUCCUUGAAGAAUGUAAUGGGCAUGAGAUUAGGCAAAGGCCUUGGAAUGUGGGCAAUGGAGAAUGAGCCAAAGCACUGUCCUUUGGUGGGGUGCUGGACGUUUUUAGAUAAUGUCCCUGCAUUUGCACUCCUGUCUUUGUGAAUCACUUUCUUCCUUGGCUAUAGCCAGACAAGGCCAAGAAGGCCCUUGGGUCCUGCUAGUGUUAGUGCCUACUUCUCCGUGUCAGCCAUUGUCAUCUGCAAGUGAGGGUUGGCACUUCUGGAUGAACCUCUGGAAAGAGAGAAAUACCUGCUUCCUGGUCCAACAUUGGACAGACCUGUGGGAGUUCAUUGCUUAAGUACUCUGAAGCCUCAAAUAGUGUUCAUAGUUAGGGCAGAUAGUAUCUUCCCAUCCCAGUGGAAAAAAGAUCCAUUCUUAGCUAAAGCUGCCAGAAUUAAUUUAAUGAUUAAAUUAUCUAACAGGGUAAUAUAAAUGUUGUUUACAUAUAAAAUGUGCAUCUGCUGCCAACUCUAGUGUUGAAAAUGAGGUGCAUAUAAAUUGGAACCGUGGAGUUUUGUCCUGGGGAGGUUCUUUUCUGCACUUCCACUACCCCAAGGAGGAAGGUUGGAGCAAGAGUGUUGGGUGGGAUUUCAUUUGGGGCCUCGAGUUCUCUUCAACGUUGGUGGAGUGAAGGCUGUCAGCGGUGGUGUUAUUGCGUCUUGGUGACUCCCUCCCACAGUGGGAGGUAUUCUGAAUUAUGUAGAUAGACAAGGGCAUGUGGGCAUGAGCCUGUGUACAGAAGGACAUGGUAGCUCUACUUAUGGUACUUCUAUGGAGCAUCUGUGUGUGUGACAAUUGUGAGCACUGGACUAACACACUCCAGGCAUGAUCUUCCCAUGUGGGUGGCUUCCUUCCACCCUGUACAUCCUGCUUCCCACAGAAGGCCCAGAGCGCCCUGCUCUGAUGCCUACUUUUAGGCACUUUGGUCAUGCCAACCUAGAUUUUGGUCUGUAAUGAAACAAAGAGAAAUGUUUACAACAUCUAGAGCAAUAUCAAACAUACCUCAUCCCUAAGCUUCCAUGUCUCUGGGUCCUGCCCCUGUGCCCUUUUUUCUUCAUAAGCCUCGUUCACUUCACGGUGGGCAUUACUGGAGCUGCUUCCAAGUUCCACCUUCCUUUGCUCCUUGUGCUUGGCCUGCUCUGGGCUGGCAUCUUUGUAGACUCAAGGCAAACCCAGGCAGAGUUGUGGCUUUGAGUUCCUCUCGCUAUGUCUCAGUGGCAUUUUGGUUCCACUGGAGUGCUAAGCUGCUUGGGGGAUGGUGUGAGGUUUGCUGUUGCCUUUGCUGGACUGAAUAGAACAAUUAUUGACAAAGGUUCACAACCCAGGGCACCUUUGGGGAAGUGUUUUAUUAAACUUUUGUAUGCUCUACGAUCACCCCCAAAAGCCUAUUACAAAUGCAAAUAAAUGUCUCACACCGAGACAUGCUGAGCUGAUAGAUCUGGGGCAGGGCCUAGGAAUAUGUAUGUUUCAUAAGCUCCCAGGUGUAGUGACCCCAUGGUCCCGGAACAAAGAUGUUCUAAGACAGUGGCUCUCAACCUGCCUAUGUAUUUGACUCAUCUGGGGGGUGUUACAAACCAAAUUGUUCAGGUCUUGCCUCAGAUUAGCUGAGUCAGAGAGCCUGGUGGGACCUGGGUGGCAGCAGUCUUUCAAGCUCUGCAGGGGGGUGCCAGUGUGCAGAGGAGGUGAGGAAGCACCAGUUAAGGACUAAGGAGACGCAGGCUAAGGCAAAAUAUAGGGUGAGAACUCACCCAGAAGCAAAAGCACAACCAGGAAACUUGCCAGCGCUGGAAGUGGACUCUUGGGGGAGCUGCCUCUCCACCUCGCAGUCUGACUUGUUUCUUUGCGAUCCAAGGGCUGGAUCCGAGCCACGUGUUUCCCCUGGCAGCAGGUAUGCCAAGAGCGAGCCGCAGGGGUCCUUGGUCCAGAGACGCUUCCCCAUGCUUUCUGAGUCAUGCGCACAGUGCUUCUCCUAGGCUUGCCUGAUGGGCCAGAUCGCCUUUGUUUGUUUUCUGUUUUCAUGUGCUUUUGUUUUUGGUCUUUGUGCGUCAGGAUGUGCUCUGUACCUAAGGCCGUGUAGCGAGGGAGUUGGAACUCAGGUAGUGAGUGAAGCCCGUUGUGGUAGUGAAAAUAGCAGUAACACAACAACUUUCACAUUUCUCAGCAGAGGAGGCACAUUCUGGGGAAUAUCGGAAUCUGGGAGGCUUUUCCAAGGCCAUGGUGGGUUUUGGGCCCUGAUCCAUGCCCUCCCCAUUCCCAUUUUGGUCCCAGGUUGCACAGACAGCUGGGAAGCUGCCAGGUGUUUCACUCAAUGGUGCUCUCACCAGAUCUUGCUGCUCUGACAAACCAAAGCUGUGAAGAGGCCUUCUGCCCAGGCUGUUAGGGCUGGCCUCUGGGCGUGGCCUUUGGGCAUUUCUCCUUGGCCGGGCUGGGUGGUCCAAGUACCCAAGACCUUGGUCAGUGGAGAAGCAGACACUGCUGUGAGGAAAUUGUGAGCGUAUUGUGCUGAGAGCUGGGGGAGGGUGGGAAUGUUGGAAGAGGAAGGAGCCAGGCAGGAAAGAGGAUGCCAGCCAUCAAGAUGCCUGCUCCUCCCCCUCCCAGAGGGAAGCUGAGCACUUUCAGAGGCAGGAUGGCCUCCCACUACCACAAGCACUGGGAACUUGGCCUACUCUGUGUGUGCCCACAUGCAAGCCAGGCAGAGGAGCUGCGGCUUCCCGAUCUCUUCUUCAAUCUGCUAGUGUCAGCCCUCUUUAAAUCUGUAUCUUUCUGAGUUAAAACACGAGGUGGCACUGAGUGCACAUGCCACCAAGUGUGCCGCCAUGCCACUGGGCACGAGACUGUGGGGAGGCCACCAACAAAGACAUCUUCUGGUCCCUGUGUUGUCUCAGGACUCCACAAGAUACUGGCGGCCCUGAGAGACUCCAGGCUGUGGUCAUUGGUCUUCUUAAGACGGGUGUCCAGUCCCCUCAAUAAAUUUCCUUUCUUGAUUCUUCUUUCUUUUCUGUCCUUCUGCCCCCUCCCCUCUCUCAGGCGUGGAAAAGGUGGCUGGGCACCGAGUGCCACGCCAUCCACGGUAGCAUUCACUGCGUCACUCGCCAGCACAACAGAUUUGUAGCAGCUCAUCGGCGUACACACUGCUUGGCUGAUGGAGUCUCACUGAGUUGUUUCAUUUCCAUGCAAAGUGGAAUAAUGUCAUUCACCUUUACCAUAAACAAGGCUGUGAGAACAUAAUAAACAGAACCUGAACAAGC